CCAUUAGAAAAGUUCUGCUCAGACGUAUAUAUUCGCCAUGGCUGCAAGUUAGAAGGGUUCCAAUGUCCGCAGUAAGCCAAAUCCGGAAACCCCGCCGACGUUUUGUUGUCCAGUUCCGCAGGCGUUAGUUCAUGACAUCAUGUGGGCUAUAAACAAUCGAACUAAUUCCAAGAAGACUCUGAGAGUUCGAGUCGGUUGUGACGUAUCGUUCGAGCCCUUCUUCCAAUUCGUGUCCAUAGCUUUUCUUGCUCUGUUUUCAACCAAUUAAAGCAGUAACGAGGUAGUGUUCUACUCAUUUUUCUGUGAGCUUCUCUCUACGCCUUGGAGACUAUUAGAGUUACUGGAUUAUUGAACUCACCCAAGGAUUGUCCUUCAGAAUUUCUUGAUUGCAUCUCUAAGGUGGGAUAUCCUGGACCUUGGGUAUGAAUACACAGAUAUAAGCAGUAUUUUCCGACAAUGGCAUCUGCCCAAUUUUCUGCUCCGCAAUCUAUUGGACUGAGAAGUAGAAUUCGUGAAAGGAACCCGAGGAGUAAAAUGAUUCGGGCACUUGGUCCUAGUAGCUCAAAUGUAGUUUGCAAUUGCCUCAGACUUCAAUCUAAUGAUAAGAGUAAGAUACACUCUGUCAAUGUUGUCAAGCAUUGUCGUCGUUCCACCAAUUGUAUGAUGCUGUUCUCCUCGCCUGUCACAACUUGCAGAAAACGUUUUUUCCCCAUGGUCUAUAAUCAGUAUGUUUCAGACUCUGGCAUGGAUUCUUCCAACGUCGAGGAAAGAUUCACUGCAAAGAAAGGGCAUAUUCUUAGCACUUUGAGGGAGAGUAUCUUUGAGUUGGUGGGGAAUUCUAGUAGCCAGUCACAUUCUCAAAGUGUUGAAAGUGAGCUCAUAAUCCUUACUUUGCCAGCACUUGCAGGACAAGCAAUUGAGCCGUUAACACAACUGAUGGAGACUGCUUAUAUUGGUAGAUUGGGUCCUGUGGAGUUGGCUUCUGCUGGUGUUUCUACGUCAAUCUUCAAUAUUAUAUCAAAGCUAUUUAACAUACCUCUCCUCAGCGUUGCAACUUCAUUUGUUGCUGAAGACAUUUCAAAAAAUACACUCAAGGAAUCUUCUUCAGGUUUCCAAGAACAAGAGAGUGGUGGUAAACCGCUUGGUGAACUAGAGGAAAGAAAGCAACUCCCUUCUAUUUCUACUGCCUUACUUCUAGCUGUGGCAAUUGGCAUCUUUGAGGCGUUAGCCCUGUACUUCGGUUCUGGGUUGUUUCUCAAUCUUAUGGGCUUAUCACCAGCUUCACCCAUGCGCAUGCCAGCAGAACGAUUUCUCUCCCUAAGGGCCCUUGGUGCUCCUGCAGUAGUUCUUUCUCUGGCUUUGCAAGGUGUCUUCCGUGGGUUCAAGGAUACAACGACUCCUGCAUUAUGUCUAGGUGGGGGCAACUUGUUAGCUGUAUUUUUGUUUCCCAUACUUAUGUACAACUGUCGACUCGGUGUAACUGGUGCAGCCAUUGCCACUGUUGCUUCUCAGUAUAUUGUUACCAUUUUGAUGAUUUGGAGUCUUAACAAGAGAGCUGUGUUACUGCCUCCGAAGAUGAAAAAUUUGCAAUUUGGUGUCUACAUAAAAUCUGGUGGUUUUCUUCUUGGGAGAACUCUAGCUGUCCUAAUGACCAUGACUUUGGGGACAUCAAUGGCUGUUCGUCAAGGACCAUUGGCUAUGGCAGCUCAUCAGAUUUGUUUGCAAGUGUGGUUGGCAGUAUCUCUACUUACAGAUGCACUUGCUGCAUCUGGUCAGGCCUUGAUUGCAAGUUCUUUCUCGAAGGGUGACUACUGGAAAGUGAAAGAAAUUGUCCAUUUUGUCUUAAAGAUGGGAGUAUUCACGGGAAUUUCCUUAGCCUUAAUAUUGGGUGCAUCCUUUGGUUCUCUAGCCACAUUGUUCACCAAAGACACAGAAGUACUUGGAAUUGUCAGAUCUGGGGUACUGUUUGUAAGUGCCAGCCAACCUUUCAAUGCUCUGGCUUUUAUUUUUGAUGGUCUCCAUUAUGGUGUUUCGGACUUCUCAUAUGCAGCUCAGUCUAUGAUAGUGGUCGGGGUAAUAUCUUCUGCAGUUUUGCUAUAUGCUCCUUCUAUGUUUGGCCUUUAUGGAGUUUGGCUGGGCUUGACUCUUUUCAUGAGCUUGCGAAUGUUGGCAGGAUUUAUCAGAUUGGCAUCAAAGAACGGUCCAUGGUGGUUCUUGCAGAAGGACUUCCACAAAACUGAGGUGGCAGGUUGAAAUUGAAGCCAUCUGGAUGUACAUGGAUUGCCUGAUGCAAGGGCUGCUGGCAAGGAUCAGGACCUCCAUUCUAUGGGCGAAGGCAACACAAGUAAGAUGCUUUUAUUGUUGUCUCAAGCUGAUUUCAACUCACCUCUGGGGAACUCAUGCCAUCUGAUUAUGCUUCGGUCGCCAAAUGGACAUAGGUGCUGAAUCCCUCCAAACAAGGAUGCAGACUUGGGGACGGUGCGGGGAGACCUAUUAUCAAUCCUAAGAAUGGAACAAUCAAUUGACAACCAUUCUAUUUCAGGAAUGAACUGAGGACCUCAACCCCUUCAUCUUUACAUUAAUUUAUCCUAAUUUACAUUCAGUAUCAUGUAAUCAAAAGAUACAUUACAACGAGUUUUUUUGGGGUUUCAACUAGAAGAGGUCUUCAUAUAAAGUAGAGAAUUUUGUUUAACUAGAGAAAGCACUUUAGCCUGAUUAUCAAUUUCAUUUUGAAUAGGCCAACAGAUCUGAAAGUUUUUUUCUGGGAUGAUAUAAAUAUGUAAAAAUUUCAUUUUGCGGCAUUGCUAUCAGCCCAUUGAAGACCGAAGUUUAUAGAUUUGGUUGGUUUUGGUCA